AUGGAUACUAUCAAUUAUACUAAUUAUUCUAAAUCAACUCAAACUAUUGGUGUACUUGGUGGUAGUGGUCAUAGUGGACAAGGUGGUGGAGGAUCGGAUAAUGAAUGGCUUGGUCGUAUUACAAAUAUUUUAUGUUUAGUUAUAUUUGUAUUAGCCGUUCUAGGCAAUUUUCUUGCAUUAUUAGUCAUGUUUGGAAAUCGAAAACCGAUACGUUCUGCUACAAAUUUAUUUUUGGUUAAUUUAGCUUGUUCAGAUUUAUUACGUAGUGUUUUUAUGCCAUUUACAAUUGUAGCAAGAAUGCAACGUGAUUGGUAUUUUAAAUAUGGUGAUAUAUUAUGUAAAAUUAUUCCUGUUGUACAAGGUUUAAGUGUUGCUGUUGGUGUGUUUACAUUAGUUUGUAUUAGUAUUGAACGUUACAUUGCCAUUUGUCGUCCACUAUUGAUAUUAAAACUUCAAUCUCUACCACUUGGCUCGUUAAUGAACGGUCUUAUUUUGGCUGCAAUAUGGUUUAUUGGUGCAUUAACAGCCAUUCCAAAUAUUUAUUUACAUGAAUUGAAAUUAUUAAAAUCUGGUACACAUAAGUGUGAAAAAGCGCCAGUAAAAGAAUUUAAAGACACAACAUACAUGAUGGCAGUGUUUGUUCUUUAUUUUUUGAUACCAAUGAUUGUUAUGUUGGUAUUAUACACUUUAAUUGGAUGUAAAAUGUAUAAAAAUAGUACAGCAAUGAAAAUGAGAUCAUUUCAGAGUAGUUAUCAAAGUAAAAAUCGUUCCAGUAGUUCUUCUCCACCACAACCAAGUCCAUUAUUUUGUUCCAAUUUUAAUGGUGAUGUUUGUCCAAGUAAUACUCAAACGUAUAGUUAUGAAAAUCUUCCGUUUACAAAUAAUGCAAAAUCAGGCGUUGUGUAUUAUAACAGCAAUCAUAAUUUUCGUCGUUUAUCAUCAAGAAUGAGUAGUCAUUCGAAUAAUUCAAGAUCUGAUGAUGAAACUUAUUAUAAUAAUAAUAAUAAUAUCAAUAGUAAUAAUAAUCCCAGUCUUACGUCAUCAUCACGAUCAAGAAUUGGUGGCUCGAAUGAUUCUAAACCGUCUCAAACAACACUACAACAAAAACGUCAACAACGUUUUCAAAGAACACGAACUACAUCAAAUCCAAUAUUUCAACUUCAUUCUAAAGACAGUAAUAGUAGUCAACAUAAUCAUCAUCAUUCCAAACACUCACCAUCAAGAUUUCAUCGUUUUCUAAAUACAUUUCGUCGUUCAUCAUCAUCAACACACGCUUAUCGUUUAGAUAAAAAUCGUCGUAAAGCAUUAAAAAUUCUUAUUGUAAUUAUUCUUGAAUUUUUUAUUUGUUGGACACCACUCUUUAUUUAUCAUACUGCUGGUACAUUUAAUAAAAAUAUUUAUAAACAAGUACCAAAUGUUAUAGUAAAUUUAAUUCUUUUAUUUUCAUUUGCAUCAGCUACAUGUAAUCCAUUUACAUACUAUUUUAUGAGUAAACGAUAUCGUUUGGCACUCUACGAAUAUAUUACAUGUAAAAUAUGCUUUACAAAUGUAAAAAAGAAAAAUUCACAACAAUUAAUGUUAGCAUUACAACAACAUAAUCAAUUUUUGAAUAAUAUUUAUCAACAUCAACAAAAACGACUCCUACAGAAUGGAUAUGAAUCCAAUCAUAAUAAUAAUAAUAAUAAUAAUAUUAAUAAUAAUAAUAUUAACACUAAUAGUACUAAUACUACUACUACUACUACUACUACUAAUAAUAAUAAUAAUAAUAAUAAUAAUAACAACAGAAGAAAACUGAUUUUACUAAAAGAACUAAAUAAUAGAUUUAGAUCAAAUACAUUAGAUUAAAAAGAAAAAAAACAUUUAUUACUUUUUUUGAUACAUUCUCAAAAGCCAUUCAUCAUUGACAAUAGUUUACCAACAUAAAUAUUUUCUAAACGUAUAAUAUUUUUUGUCUCCUUCGUUGUUUUUUCUGUUUAUUUUUGUUGACUGUCAAUAUUUACGUACAUUCAUUUUUUUGUUUUGUUACCGUAUCGUUAAAAAUUCAAUGUGUUGUUGUCUAUUUCAUUCAACUUUUUAGUGAUAAAUGUUCAUGCAUUUUUAAAACGAAUUUUUAAGCUUUUGAACAGUGAUCUUUUCUUUAAAUAGCGGCUAGUCCGUGAGAAAAUUGAACUAUUUUAUCACACUUAUUACAUCUAUUUUUAGGUUUUUUUAAUACCGGUGAUGUAUUUAUUAAAACAUUUUUUUUUUUUGUUGCUCAGACACAGUGUUUUAAAUGCUAGCUGCUUUGUGAUCGCAGAAGAAAAAAAGUUAAAAUGAAAACUUUUCUAUAUUUUUGUAUUAUCUAUGUAUACCAUGAAUUUUGUACAUACAAAUAUAUUACUGUAGAACAUGAAAAGUACAUAAACACUUUUUCAGCUUUGAACACGUGUAUCUCGAAACCAAGAGAGACUUGACAUUUUCAGCAAAUCUGUAAAUCAGCAAGUUCUUUAACAUGUAAAAAUAUCAUCACUAUUCGGGAAAUUGUUUGAACCUUAGUAGAAAGAUAGAUCGACAAAAAUGUCUUUUUUUUUUAAUUCUGAAUGAUUCAAAUAAAUGAAAAUUUCUUCAUAGAUAUUAAACUUUUCUUUUUAGGGAGAUUGUGUCUUGAAACGUUUUCUAGAUAUUAAAAUUAAUUAUAAAGUUAAAGAAAUUAUUUCUAAGGUCUAAUGUAGACGUUUAUGUAUACAAAGCUACGUCUUGUCUUAAAAGAGAUACAAUAUAUAUAUUUUCAUAAGAGAUACAAAUCCAUAUUUCACAAUGUAACAGUGAAAUUUAUUUUCGAACAUACACCGGUGGAUAGAGGACUUCAUGGCGAUCAAGAAUAUAUGUGCCUGGAUUUUUUUUUGACACUUUUCUCCGGUCGAAAACUUUUUCAUCUUUUUAAAAUUGUUUUUUUUUACAUUAUGUUACGAGACGGAACGAGAUGAACAAUACAUCUAUUCACAAAAAAUUACGCAAUAUCCAUGGCUUAAAAACGGAACACAAUUUUGCAAGCCUAUUACAGGUUUUUCUAGAGGCGCUAGAGCCAAUAUUUUUACAUGGUUAGAUGCUCAGCUUCAAAGUUAAGAAAAGCUUUUCCAAAAAUUCAGUUUCCUCGCCGAGAUAAAUCAUUUUUUCUAAAUCAGAGGCGGAAAAGUCAGAAUUCCAGCCGUAAUUCCCAAUUUCUCGAUCAAAACUCAAUUUUCAAGCAAUAAAAAUAUUGUAUUUAGAAUUAGGAUCAAAAACUGAGUUGACUGAUGUGUAUUUCGAAAUUUUUAGUUGAUUUUCAAUUUUGGGUGAAAAUCGCGGUAGUUUUUCAACGUGAAAAUUCGAGAAACAUUCAGGUAGUCGAAUAGGAUAGAAAUACACGUCAGUCGACUCAUUUUUUUCUUACAUUAGCUCUCAUUUCUAUAUUCCAAAUAAAAAUCAAAUUAAAUAUGAGGUAGAAGCAAUCGAGAUUAUCUUAACACCUUUUAGACGGCAAACGAAAAAAGUCGUUUUUUUGAAACGUCUGCAAAUUCCAUUCGAAAGGCCAAUUUGCAUACGUUUCAAAAAAACGACUUUUUUCGUUUCCCG